UAGUGGGUAAACUUUAGUCAGUUUGUUGAAGACUAAAUGCUCUUGAACAAUCAGACAGAGACGAUGGCUUGUGAAUUGAGGAUCUGUUUAUUUCUCUCGGAGCAGUUCUUUUAUAACAUCCCAAUCAUCCCGUCAUGGGCAAUCAUCACACUGAGCAAUUACAACAUGUGUGCUAUAUAAAGACCAUGUCCUAGAAGUUUCUUGGGCGGACAAACUGCUCUAUUACCAGGAAAGAGUGUGUGGGUGUACGUGUAUCAGAACAUGACCUUAUGACCUGGCUAAAUUCAGAGGUUAGAUAACUAUUGGUUUGUGCCUGUUGCUGUCCAGAUUGUUAUGAUUCUACCUUUCAAACUACAACAUAAUUCCCCCUUUGGGGGUUAGCAAACCCACAAACAAUAACAGAUCAACACAUCAUUACUUCAAUAGUCAUCAAUAUCCAUCAAUCAAUAUAAGUAAGGGCGAAAAACCUGGACCUGCUCCUUCACCAGGAAAAUUCCCCUACGACCCCCAGAAAAGAUAUAUUUAUCUUUAGGGCGAGGUUAAGGUCAAGGUUUAUAUUGAUUUACACAGAUAUAUGUAUAUAAACGAUGCAACAAAAUAUUUGUUCAAAAAACAAAUGAAUGAAAGAUAAACUAACCCGACUGACCACGGCGGUGGUGGUGGAUGAGAAAGUCCCGGGUUGUGAAGGUUAAUCGACGGUUUCUGUUAAUGGAGUUCGGUGGUCUUGAAAAGAGGUCCAUCUCAGUCGGGAUGCGGUCUCUGGUGUCGUCUCUUUACUUGUUUUCUUUUUCACUUUUACAGACGCUUCUUUCUGAGCAUGUUGACCUGAUCCAAAAUGGUCGACUCGUCAAACCGCAGCUCGGCUCCGAUGGACUACUUCCCGUCGUCCAGCGAGGGUCUGGACUACGGGAUCCCCCUGGACGAGAUCCCGGACACCACGCAGGGCCGGGCCUUCUUCGUGGCCACCAUCGUCAUCGCCGCGGUGCUGGUGUGCAUCAUGUUGGUGUGCGGCGUGGGAAACUGUCUGUUCAUCGCCAGCCUCGCUCGUUACAAGCAGCUCCGCAACCUGACCAACCUGCUGAUCGCCAACCUGGCCGUGUCGGACGUGCUGGUGGCGGUGGUGUGCUGUCCCUUCCUGUUGGACUAUUACGUGGUGAAGCAGCUGUCGUGGGAUCACGGCCUGCUGCUCUGCGCCGCAACCAACUACCUGCGCACGGUGUCGCUCUACGUGUCUACCAACGCUCUGCUGGCCAUCGCCGUGGACAGGUACAUGGCAAUCCUGCAUCCUCUCCGUCCUCGUAUGAAGUACCAGACGGCGUACUGCGUGAUCCUGACGGUUUGGAUCGUCCCCGUCUUCAUCUCCAUCCCCUCCGCCUACAUGGCCUCGGAGACCACGUACCCACAUGUGGACGGAGGCACCUUCAAGACCUUCUGCGCUCAGAUCUGGCCCGUGGACCAGCAGGUGUACUACCGCUCCUACUUCCUCCUUAUCUUCGCUCUGGAGUUCAUCGGCCCAGUGACCGUCAUGGCGGUCUGCUACACCCGGAUCUCCAGGGAGCUCUGGUUCAAGGACUUCCCGGGUUUCCAGACGGAGCAGAUCCGACGGAAGCUUCAGAAGCGUCGGAGGACGGUGGUGGUUCUGAUACUUGUGCUGGUCGCGUACAUCCUGUGCUGGGCGCCUUACUACGGCUUCGCCCUGCUGCGGGACUUUUACCCCACCCUCAUAUCCCAGAACAGGAACUCCCUGGUGGCUUUUUACAUCAUUGAGUGCAUCGCCAUGAGCAACGGGGUCAUCAACACCCUCUGCUUCAUGAGCGUCCGGAACAACAAGCGCCUGAAGAAGGUCAGCAAGUUCCCGCUGAAGCUGGUGACCGCCAAGUCGGUGUACGAAGGGGAGGCGCGGACCUCCUCCCUCCGCAUGACGGAGGACGUGGGGGACACUAGGCUGAGGUAGAAGUCAAAACAUCAGACAGGUCACACAGCAAAGUGGAUCUACUGAAACCUAAACACCGGACCGGUCUUAAUGAACUUGUUCAGCGGAUGUGGCGAGACGCUGGUACACCGAGGUGGCGCCGAUUCUGAAAGUCUUGCCAAUGGUUGCAAAAAUUCAGGGCUUAGCAACUGGACUGGCACAGAACGCCGUAUAACACAUGGACAAAGACUCAGUGACAUCACCUUUUGGUUUCUGAAGUGGAGUUUCAAAACAAACAAGUUAUUAAAAAUUCACUAGAUGCUGUCGUCCAAAUGUUGGAAGAUGCAAACUGCCAGAAAAAAAAAGAUGGCUGCCUGAAUCUUAACAGUUCAUGUUUGUACGGAAAGGCGGGUUACAGAGAUUAUAACUCAGAAGGUUUGGUGAUCAGCCAGUCAUAGUGAGGGUCUACAUCACAGAUUGUGUUCAGGAAGUGGACCUCCUGGUUUUAAAAAAAGCAGCCAAUGCAGGAGUGUUUUAAACCUGCAUUCUCUCUAAUGUCCAGCAGGGGGAGAUUCCAUGAUAAAAUGUUCCUACUGCUGAGUUGAUUUAUUCCCUCAGGAAUCAUUUUCCUAACACGUUUAUGUUCUCAAUCUGAAGUUUCAAGUCUUCUUCCACACAGCAUGAUGCUCAUUUAGCAAAUGAUGGUCCCGUUUAGAGUUAAAGAGACCAGAAAGAGGGGGAGGGGUUAGGGCGGGGCUACCUGUGAUUUACAAGUUGUUACCGUAGAGACGUUGGCUGCCAAAACCUCGCUCAUGUUUAUUCACUUACUCCUCUAAAAACAGAACGAGUCUAACCCGGCUCCUCCUCAGGUGUUAUCGACAGUAGACAUCCAUUUUUUUUUUUUUUUUACUUUCUAUAUUUUUGGAUUCUAUCGCUCAUUAAAAUA